CUUUCUUUUCCCUUUUUUUCAUUUUUUUUAUAUAUCUCAUUCCUUUAUACAUAUAUAUAUAUAUUAAAUAGUUCUUUUAUAUAUCAAUACAUACUAUUUUUAUAUAUAUAUUAUAAAUGUUAACUCAACAUCAACCAAAACGUCGAGUUUCUAUCAAUAAUCGAUAUGGAAAUCAAAGAAGACCUCUACCUUCACCAUCACCACUUAUCAACAAUGAACAAAAAAAGAAAACUGUACGAUUUUGUUCAGAUGAUGCUUUAGAACAAGUUCGAUUAUUCAUCAAGACACAAACACCAUUGGCAGUACGAAAAGGUGAUCCUCCUCUAUUAACUCAACAAGUACGUUAUGAUAUUCAAUAUCCUGGUUGGCCUUCCAAAUGGACUUUAUAUAAAUCUUUAUCACAAUCGGCAAUUCGGAUGGAAAGUGUACAAUUGAUGGAUCAUCCACAUCAUGGUUUGACAAAAGUAUUAUUUGGGCGAUGUCGUGUAUCCAAUUUAGCCUAUGAAAAACAGGUCAUCAUACGUUAUUCUUUUGAUUAUUGGCAAACUUAUCAAGAAAUCAAUGCUAUUUAUCGUGAACCUAUUGCAAGUACUAGCAAUACAUGGGAUAGAUUUACCUUUGAAAUUGGUUUUCCAUCAACAUCAACAACAAUGACUUGUUGGAUUGCUUUACGGUAUAAUGUCAAUGGUCAAGAAUUUUGGGAUAAUAAUGAUGGCAAGAAUUAUCAAGUGGAUAUCUUACGUACCAAUCUUGUCUCUUCACCUCCUACUACACCUCCUUUGGAACUAAGUGACAAUGAUGAUGAUGACGAAGAAGAGGAUGAUCCUUUCUUAGAUCAACCCAACAACAACAAGAAUACUUCUCCUUUGCAAGCUUUGGAUCAAUUGAAACUUCGUUAUAAUUUUUCAAAUGCUCGAUAUCAACCUACCAAUACAUUAUCAACCAUGAUGAAUAACAAUACAACAACAACUCAUCCAUACCAUCAGCAUACUUUACCUACUUCUCUUCAUGUCGGUUAUCAAGAUUUUAUUUCAAAAUACUGUUUUUACAACUCAUCCCCUCCUUCUUCCAUCGUUCAAAAUUAGUUUAUACUUCCUCUCUUGUAUUUUGUUCAUUCUGUAUAUAAAUGUCGUCUUCUGUCUUAUUCUCUCACAACCAUCCACAUUCAAAAUCAAAAAAGUUUGUUUAAUAAAAAAAAAAUGUUUUACUAUCAUGA